AAACUGUAGACAUGUGCUGGAUGGACGGACGGACAGUGUGCUUCUUGGCGACGGAACAGAAAGAGACGAUGAAAAGCCGAUGCCUUUAUUUUCCAGUUCAUUGAUUCUCUUUCGAUACAAACAAUGGAGUCCUUCAUCUGGGCCUCGGGAGCUCGAGAGAAUUGUAGUACUGCUGCUGUUGCUGCUGCUGCUGCUUCUUCACUAUGUGGGUACGGUCUCCUGCUCAAUGGGCUGUCUCUCAUCCCAAUCUGGCACUAUUUGCUGGGGCUCUUGAUCGGUUCGGUCGGGUUCCUGUACAAUUACUUGGACUUCCAUCUCCUCGAGGAUCUCCGCUCGGGGUUCCGAGGGUCUACCGCCGAGCUGACUUACAAUCCCGGUUCCGAGAUCUACAGCGGCGUCGCUUCCAAGUGCCGCGUUAUUCAUGGGAGGUACUUGACUACCCUGUGGCUGUCGUGCCCUCACAUUCAGACGAUAUUCUUGAAUUUCUUUGGGAGGCCUCCAUCUGUCAGCUACAAAAGACAAAUCUUCCAUGCUCCUGAUGGUGGAACCAUUGCACUGGAUUGGCUAAUGAGCUCAGAUGUUUCUGGAGGUGCCUUCCGUGCGGAAAGUUCGAUAUCAAGAGGUGACACGGCUCCCAUUGUGGUGGUGGUUCCUGGCUUAACAAGCGAUUCUGCUUUGCCUUACUUGAAGCAUCUUGCUUUCAACACUGCGAAACGUGGGUGGAAUGUUGUAGUGAGCAAUCAUCGAGGACUGGGUGGUGUUUCCGUUACAUCCGAUGUCUUUUACAAUGCGGGUUGGACAGAGGAUAUAAGGGUAGUCCUUCAUUAUCUCCAUGAAGAGUACCCUAAAGCUCCUCUGUUUACUGUUGGGACUAGCGUCGGCGCUAACAUUUUGGUAAAGUACCUAGGGGAGGAUGGAGAGAACGUUCCAAUUGCUGGGGCUGUUGCAAUUGGCUGUCCUUGGGACCUUUUGAUCAUUGACAGAUUUAUAAAGAGAAGACUGGUGCAAAAAAUUUAUGACAGAGCUCUCUCAAUCGGUCUCCGAGAUUUUGCACAGCUGCAUCAACCUCACUUUUCUCGCCUUGCCAAUUGGGAUGGCAUAAAGAAGUCACGUUCAAUUCGGGAUUUUGACAGCUAUGCAACUUGCCUUGUUGGGAAAUUUGAGACUGUGGACACAUACUAUAGGAAAUGCAGCAGUUCUAGUUAUAUCGGGAAUGUUUCGGUCCCGUUGCUCUGUAUUAGCGCCUUAGACGAUCCCGUCUGUACUACGGAAGCCAUUCCUUGGGAUGAAUGCAGGGCGAAUAAGAACAUCGUCCUCGUCACCACAAAACACGGUGGACACAUGGCCUUCUUCGAGGGGUUAACUGCAUCGAGUCUGUGGUGGGUGAGGGCUGCAAAUGAGUUUCUUCAUGUUCUUCAUUCUAGUCCAUAUAUGCAUGUGCAGAAGAAGCAGAUCAAGAAUACUGGGUUGCACCCGACACUGGAUACCUCUAUCGAUCAAGGCCCCUACGUGAAUGUGGCCGACGGAAUGGUAGCUGCAGCGGGAAAUGAGCACACAAGAGAUACCUUGGAAGAAAAUGAGAGCAGUAAACUUCCAGAAGAUCUCCACAAAGACAACAAUGAAAUAGUCCCAGAUGCAGAAAAAGAUGGAAUGCAGAUUACAGAGACAAAGCCCGAUAUGUCACGCGAGAAUAUAGACCAUUAAUGCAGGCCGGGAAGGAUGAUGGGCAUCAAGAAUGCCCACCAGAAAGCAAUACAUACUUCCCAGAAGAGGCUGCUAAAUACAUGAAGUUCUCUAAUAAAAAGUUUCUAGUUUUAAGCAGUUAGUCUUGCUUGUUUAGCCUUUCUCUUAGGCCGUCCAGGUUGUGCAUUACAAAGGCAGUUCAGGCAGCACUUUUUCGACUUUACUUAAUAUAAGAGCACUACUGAGUUCAUC